AUGACUGCUGUCGCCAGUAGGCCCGAAAGUGCUUCUGUGCCCUAUAAAACGAUACCACAUCAAACGCAAGCUAUGCAUGUGUACACGGAUUCGGGAUACGGAGGCUCAGUGCAGUCGAUCCCUUCACGAUCAUCCUCCCUUUCCUCCUUCAAAACCAACUAUAGCGUCUCGACGGUCCCUAUCUCCUCCUCCCCUACGUCCUCAGCCUCAUAUCGCACAUGCGACUCCGCCGCCUCAUUGGACAAGAUCUUGGAAUCUGUACUCAAAAGGGUCCCUCAGGAAGUCUACGAUAAUAUCCUUGACCAGCUGCAUUAUCUGCAUACUGGCCCCAACCAAUCAGGAUGUACGACAUGCUUCCAACGCGACCUGCAUGCCCUCUCCCUUACAUGUCGCCCAUGGGAGAAGGCAGUUCGGGCUCAACUUUAUAACCAUAUUCAUAUAGUUGGAAGUGAUUCCCCCGCCCAGUUGAAGAAAUACCGACUGAAAAGGGGGAGUCGAUUGAAGCUGUUAAGACGAACUCUUCGCGAACGGAAAUUGUUGGCGAACCUCGUCCUCGAACUCCGCGUCCCGCAGGUAGAUCUACUUUUCACAACGGGUAAACAUACUGCUCAAUGGCAAGAGUACCGAGAUCUAGUCGCAUCGGUCGUUAUGGUAUGCCCAAACCUGGAACGAUUACUGGGCCUAACAAUCCCUUUCAACCACGAAUUCGACCGCCUGACGCAUGCAUUAUCCACCCGGCGGAAGCUAAAGGAACACACAUGGAUUCUAUGCGAAGCAACGGAGACAUCCGAAGCUUCCCCACGCAGCACUUCGUGUCCUGGUAGUCUUGGGCCCCUGCAGAUGUUUGAAUUCCUGGAUUACCAUGCUUCAUGGACGAACCUGGAAACCUUGAUGCUCUAUGGCUUCAACCAAAGUGCCCUUGAGCCGAGUAUAUUCCUGCGCAUGAUGAAUCUUCUGCCAUCAUUGCGCAACCUGUGUGUUUCGAAUUUCGAUGCGGAUGCCUUUGCCGAUAGUGCGCUCUUAUGCCUUCCGCCUCUGCAGACACUCCGGCUAGAGAACCUCCCGGGUGUCACUGAUGUGGGUCUAACACAGUACACUUCGCGCUUGGAAUCACAUACCCUCGAAUCUCUGGUUUUGAUCGAACCGAACAUUGAAUCCCUCCUUGUGAUUUCAAAGAUCUUGGCAUCCCUGCGGAACCUGGAGAGGUUCAAGAUUGUCCAAACGACCAAAUGCCCGACGCUGAACACGGAUGGCAUCGUAUUUCAGCCGCUUCUCGCAUCAUCUAGUCUUAAAUUUAUGCACUGGGAUGUUGCAAGCCCAAACCCGACCACCGCCCUCACCAGGCUCGACUUUGCACCUUUCAUCAGACCUCUCCAACAUGUGGAGACGCCCAAUUCGCAUCUUGCCCAGAGCAUUCUUGCUGGUGGUUUCCCACGUCUUGAUGCCCUGCGGGCACCAUCGGAUAUUGAACCCCCAGGCGCUCUGCAAGCCGUUUGUCAGCCAAUUCCCCGGGGACAAGCAUUGUUACAACCGGAUCGAUACAGUCUUCCCCGAAGCUCGCACGGAUCCAUUCCAACCAGGCCAAUGGCGUUACCUGCAGGGAACAAUUUGACUUCGGCACGCAUACGGGCACAGACGUUUAUUGACAUGGCUGCAAGGGACACCGAGAAUGGAAUGCCAGUUUUUGUCACUGACCACUCGGAUUCUUACGUACCAGACAACGCCCUGGAAGGGUCUGACGACGAAGCUGACAUGGAAAUGGAUGAAAGUGGGUUCUGGGAGACACCACUUGACCGGCCAAACAAGAAUCCAGUACCGGAGGACCACGAAGGCCCUGUGACUGUUUUCGAGUUCCGAAUGCCCUCAUACAUGGGCCGAAUUGGUGCCAAGACUAACGAAAAGGACAUUUCGAUACCGCGUUUCAUACUUCGCCCAGAUAUCGCUGGACAGGAAGCUGACGGUGGUUUGGUCAGUUGGAACCAUGUCUUAACGGCCAAUCAGUCUUUGACAUUCGCUGCCGGGGUUGGAGUAAAUUGCUUCGGCAGCAAGAGUCUUAUGAGUCCAACCACUGAAGAGCCACCGUCCCCUGCAUCAACGUCAACCCCGCGGUUCGGCUGGGGUAGCAUUGGAAGUCGCUCAACUUUGGCCACGAGCCCAACGACACCUAGCACGCCGCUUACACCGAUGAGCAUGACCAUGUCGCCUACCGCAGCACUGCCAUGGGAUAAGGACGUUUGCGCAGGCUCCUGGAAUUACAGCCACAAGGCCGGCCGGGACUGGUGGUUUCAUAUGGAGCGAGAACGUCCUGUGAAUUUCGAACUUUACGACGUCAAGAGACUCCUCUAA